UGCAGAAACGAACCUAAACAGCUGAUAAUACCAAAGGCGUUCCUGUACUUUCAUUCUUUCGGUAUCUUUUGUUCUUUUCUUUGAACUCAAGAAAAAGAAGCUUCUCUCUUAUAAAAACGAACCGCCUCUCUCUCUCUCUCUCUCUCUCUCUCUUUCUCUCCAGACAUGGCUGCGCCGCUGCAAUACCUGGAGUCGCUGCGCAACGCGCAUCCGGAGCUUGCCGACUGGUACGCCUCUCUCGCAGAUCUGUACCAGAGGAAGCUCUGGCACCAGCUUACGGCCAAGCUCGAGCAGUUCGUCGCCCUCGCCGUAUUCCAGGCCGGUGAUGCUCUGAUACAGUUAUAUCACAAUUUCAUCACCGACUUUGAAACUAAAAUCAAUCUUCUCAAGCUUGCGCACUUUGCUGUCAUAGUUUCUAGGCAGUAUGCAGAGAAAGAAGCUGCAAUUACCUAUCUUGAAGGGGUGAUUGAGAAACUUCGAGCCACCAGAGAGCAGCGUAUUGAAGAGCCAAUACUUUACAUCAACAUGCAAAUAGCCACAUUUAAACUCGAACAAGGGAACCAAAAAGAGUGCAAGAAACUUCUAGAAGAUGGAAAGAUUGCCCUUGACAGUAUGACCGACAUUGAUCCAUCUGUGUAUGCUAGCCAUUACUGGGUUUCAUCUCAGUACCAUAAAUGUCGUAAAGAAUUUGCCGAGUUCUAUAAAAGUGCUCUUCUUUAUUUGGCAUAUACAUCAGUGGAGUCUCUCUCAGAAUCAUUUAAACUGGAUUUGGCGUUCGAUUUGUCCCUUUCUGCACUUCUGGGCGAUAACAUUUACAACUUUGGAGAGCUCCUUGCCCAUCCUAUUAUUAAGAGUCUUCUGGGGACAAAGGUUGAGUGGCUCUAUUAUAUUAUGGAGGCAUUCAACUCUGGUGAUUUAGUUCGUUAUCAGGAACUAUGUCGGGUGCAUAAUGCUGCUCUGAGGGCUCAACCAGCAUUAGUCGAGAACGAGAAGAAGCUGUUGGAAAAGAUAAACAUUCUCUGCUUGAUGGAAAUUAUUUUCAGCCGAUCUUCUGAAGAUCGAACUAUACCUUUGAGUAUCAUUGCUGAGCGCACAAAAAUUUCUAUCGAGGAUGUAGAGCAUCUUCUUAUCAAGAGCCUGUCUGUUCAUCUAAUUGAAGGUAUAAUCGAUCAAGUUGAGGGAACCGUGCAUGUAUCCUGGGUGCAGCCAAGAGUUUUGGGGAUUCCACAGGUCCAAUCGUUGCGUGACCGUCUGGACAAUUGGUUGGAUAAAGUGCGCACAGCUUUGGUAUCCAUUGAGGCAGAAACACCCGAUCUUGUUGCAUCCUGAUUUUUGUUUACUGAUUAGCUCAUGCCCAUUGUAACAACUCCAUGACAUAAAUGGGGGAAAAUUGCAAAGGCGAACAAAAAGAGACAGAAACUCCUUAAGUCACAUGGUCAGUACCGCCAGUUGUAUGCUUCCUUUCUUUUGCCGAAUUAUUUUGAAUCAUUUUCCUGGAAGGAGCAGCCCCUAUUGUAUUUCACUUCAGGGUCAUGGGUUCUAUGGUGGCAUGCCUAGAGACAUGGUGCAUCAGAUGAGAACGAAUGGCUGUUCUUACGCUUUAGAGUGGUUAUCAGACAUCUUAUUUGGAAAUUUCUUCUUACAUACAAUCAGAUGUGAUCUUCUUCAUACUGUUUAAA